AGGUCAGCGUGUCAAUGCAGUUUAAUGGUAAAUCGGGAGUACAAGUGAGGACACCCAGUAAUGUGGCAGACCUGGCAGCCUAUUCAUCACUCCAAAUGUACAUCAAGCUUCCCAGUCCUACCAUUAAAAAGAAACGACAAACUGAAGCCACCAACCCCCAGUUUGUCCUCUAUCUUGGAAACCGAGACUCCAGUAAGGAGUACAUGGCAGUGACUCUAAACGGAAAAAAGCUGCGCUGGCACUUUAAUGUGGGAGGAAGUUCAGUGGAUGUGCUAAUGGAUGAGGACGUGAAGAAUGAUUUCUUCAACAAACUCAUCCUGGAGAGGACUCUGCAGUACGGUCAGAUGUCUAUGACUACGGAUCAAGAUGAGAACAAUAUAAUUAAACGUAUCAUGGAGGCAAAAGGGCAAAAAGGCCUGCUUAACCUUCCAGCUGAGGAGACCGUGUUUUAUGUCGGAGGUUUUCCCAGCACCUUCAGUCCUCCAGGGACUCUGAACCUGUCGUCGCCUUUAGACUUCUUCAAGGGCUACGUGGAGCUGCUCAGUAUAAAUGAAGAGCUAAUCAGCCUCUAUAACUUUGAGCAAACUUUCGACAUGAACACCACAACUGAUGCACCAUGUUCACGGAAGAGGCCAGCAAACACGCCUGAAUGGGUGGUUGACGGAGUGUAUUUUGACGGUACUGGCUAUGUUGAGGUUUUGUUCGAAACUCAGAAGGGCGACCGCACCUUUGACCAGACCAUCAGACUCAUCUCGCAAAACGGCAUUCUGCUGUCCUUCCAGAGAGAGGAUAAAUACGUGACCAUCGCUGUUCUUGAUGGCUUUCUGAGGGUCUUUUAUAACGUUGAGGGAAGUUUGAUGCCUGGACCAGGCAACCCAACAAAAAUCAGCAAUGCUGACAAAAAAACUUUGCAAGUCAUCCUUCAACUUAACAACAUGAAAAUGCUUGUGAGGCUGGAUCGUGAGACGUUAUAUACACUUUACAGCGAAGAACUCAAUUUCACAGGAAGAUACUUCUUAGGGGGAGUGCCAGAAGCUGAGAUGCCUAAUGAUUUGAAGAGCAUCUAUCUCAAGCAUGGCUCCAUCAGGGGCUGCUUCAGGAUCAUUAAGUCCAUGGGGAGCUUUGUUCAGAUAAAGACCAUGAAGAGUUCAGGCAUCAGCUUUGGCUGUCCAGAUGACCUGCUGUUUACUCGUGAGGCUCAUUUCACUGGUGAAGGCUACCUGGGCUUGAAGAUGGAUUAUGUGGAUCUGGCAAACAGCUUCUACGGCGGCAUUGGCUUCAGAACAGAUCAGCAAAACGGUCUUAUGUUUUACCAUCAAAACAAGGAUAAUGUGUGUAAGGUGAUGUUAGACAACGGUCAUGUGCUGGUCAGCACUGACAGAAAGGAAGUCAAGUCUCAGAAGACGUACAACGAUGACAACAAUCACUAUGUUGCGGUUUACCGCGACCAAAAUGUGUUGAGCAUUUAUAUAGACGAUGUGCUCGAGAGUUCUGGAGAAACUGGUAAUGUAACCACUAGAAGAAACGCACUGCAGGAAGGCUUUACCUAUGUUGGCGGGACACCGGAGUCAAACGGUCCGACCAACCUCACCGGCUGCAUCAGCAACUUCUUCAUCAAGAGAGCGAACGAACCACAGAUUGUAGAAGAUCUGAAAACAGCUCUAGAGGGACGCAAAUACACAUUCACCUGCCCUGAUGCUUCAGCCCCACUGCAGAUGUUAAAUUCUCCACGGCCAAAGAAGAAUGCUCCUGGAAAUUCGAGAAGUCGAAUGGCUCGUGACUCCUGUCAGGGUGACACGUCUGUUCAGGAGGUUGACGCCCACCAUUUCAGUGGCUCCACCCACAGCCACAUGAGAUUUGAUUCGCUGCCUCAAGCUUUUAGCAAAGCGCCGCACUUCUCCAUCAGUGUGCGCGUAAACUCCUCCAGUGGCCUGAUCUUCCAUGUGGCAGGAGGAAAAGGCCAGAGGAUGAUGGCGCUCUCUGUGUCUGAUGGUCAUCUGACUCUGCUGGUCAACGGCGGGAAGAGGAAGACCAGCAUACGCAGCAAAAAGAGAUACAGCGACGGCCUGUGGCACACGGUGUUUGUGAAAGUGGAGGGUGACCGGGGGUCUCUGACUGUGGACGGCAUCGACACACAGAACAAGAGAGUGUCUGCUGGAGGGAAGAGUGUGUUCGCUGCUCCGCUCUAUAUCGGAGGACUUCCUGUAGACCACAGCGCAGCCAUGGCUGGAUUCGUGGGCUGUGUUCGGGACCUGAAACUGAACGAGGUGUCUCUUCAGAGCCCGUCUGUCAGUGUAGGAGUGACGCCCUGUUACCAGCAGCCUUUGCAGCCCGGCGCUCACUUCUCCAGUCGUGGAGGAUUCAUGACCAUCGACGAGUCGCUGGUUUUAGGACAGGACCUGGAGAUCCAAUUGGAGGUCCGUCUGGAUUCAGGCUCAGGGCUUCUGCUGCACACUGGAGCCAAGAAAACACACCAGCUGAGUGUGUAUCUGGAACAGGGCCAGGUCACUGUGCUGAUGAACAGUGGUAGUGGAGAGUUUUCAGUCAGUCUCACACCUAAAGAGUCGCUCUGUGAUGGAGGAUGGCACACUAUUGCAAUUGUGAAGAAGAGCAACGUCAUUCAGCUGCACGUGGACUCGUUCAGUGAACACGGAGUGGCUCCCAAACAGAGCAGAUCCAACGGAGGCAAAGAGGCGGUGUAUUUGGGUGGUCUGCCAGAGACCAUUACAGUGCCUGGUCUAUCAUCCAGCGUCCAGUCUUUCCAGGGGUGUGUGAGGAAAGCCGUACUGAACCACAGGCCCGUCAUGCUCUCCAAACCUCUGUCAGUGUCUGGAUCAGUGGGCACUCAGGGCUGCCCGGCCUAAUAGAGUGUCAAGCCAAACACAGACUCUAUCCGAUCAUCAGGUGGUGGGUUUGCAUAGAGGUUAAUUUAAUCAGAUAUUUAUGUUCACUUUGUGUGUGUCGUUUUAAUAAAAGCACUGCGACACCAUUGAUAAACAUGUUCACAACUGCAGGGACCAGAUGAAAAAUGGAGCACUGGAUUCAAAUCAUUCACUGAUGUAAUCAUGACCAAACACCCUUAAAUGACUUUAUAUUUAAUUGUAUUAAAACAGGCAUUUUCCUAAGCCUUUGGUGUAUUUAAAAGUCACUCGUGAAAUGUUAUUUUUGUCAUGUUAUUAUCACGUUUCCCUCAAUUAGCUGUAUUUUUAUUGGCAAUAAAGAUCUCCUUUGUGUUUGA